AUGGGGCUGGCGAGGGAUUUGGUCACAGUGGUAGGCAUCAGAUCAUCCGAGGUACGUCUGUGUUCGUGUGCUGCUUACAUGAGGGCAGACACAACCAGAGGGAGGGUGAUGCGUCGAAGACAGUUCAUGCCUUAUCUGUCCUCACGACGUACAGAUCAGGCCAAUACCGGCCUGCAGGCUCCAGCAUUUUCCCAGUUUCCCUGCAGCAAGUUGAUGCGAAUAAAGGGGGCCUUGAGGCUGCUGCCAUUUCCGAGCUCUGCUCUUCGGUCAAGUUGA